GGAAGAGGUAUCGCGCUCAUAAUAUUGUGUGACAUGUAAAAGGCCGGGAUAAACACGUUAUUUCACGGACAAUAUGAUAUAACGGUAUAAACAGGGAUAGCCUAUCCGCCAUUAAGGAUUUCUGGAUUUCUGGAUAUGAUUAUUUUGAUGUCAGUGGAUAAAGUCAGGCUUGGGUCGUCAAUUUGAAGGAUAUUACGAAAUAAUAAACACGACUCCAUUGUGAAGCUUCAUGUAGGAUCUGACAAAGAUGGCCCUGCGAUUACUUGACAGACCGUUAGGUUACAAGGUCGGCUUCGGAUUAUUGAUAUUGUCAAUUCUUUUAGUCUUAAUUGGAUAUUCAAUACCUAGAUGGCAUAAUUACACACAUAAUUAUAAUGACGGUUAUAAUAAUGAUAAAGAAAAGGAGAGUACCACGUAUAUAUCUGGGUUAUGGGGACGGUGUAAAAGUGACUACACUAAUUGUGAAUAUUGGGUAGACGUAAGUGGUUUUCUUUACGGUGUUCGAGUGAUGAAUUCUUUUGGUAUUAUUUUCAUCGGUAUUUCUGUAGGUCUAGCCUUUUGGUUGAAUUUUUCUGGUCGAGCUAACCGCCAUGAAAUAGAUAAUAUCUCGGUUGAAAUAGUUGCUGGUAUUGGUGGUAUAUUUGGUAUAAUUUGCAUUAUAGUGUAUGCUGUCAAUGUCAAGAAUGAAAGUUCUACCAAUCAUAUAGAUGCUGCUUUCGCUGUGAGUUGCGUGGGUUAUCUUAUUACGUUAACGGCCGCAGGACUUAUUGCGAUAUCGCAUGGGAAAAAAGAUAACCCCAAAACAACGAAUCCAUGGCCUUACGGUCUAGGUUCUGGUCUCGUCGAUGCCGGGAGUAGAGAAACACAGAUUGAUCAAUUUCCUGUCGACAAUCCGGCCUUUGUAGAUCCUACCCAGAUUCGGUUCACUAGGACAACUCGACCGCCCAGUUCGUCCGACAAUUUGGCUUUUGUAGCACCGCCCUAUUCACUUCAACCAAACAGCAAUCCUCCAGGACCGUAUUAUCCGGCUCAACCAGUACCACCGGAAAGAAAAAAACACAAUGUACACGAUGCAGCUAAUACGUCGUAUGGGCAGAUGUCUGAAGACGAAGCCCAGCCACCUUCUUACGAUUCUAUCAUGUCACUCGACUCUAGCGCCUCUGAUGUCAGAAAUGUUCAUAUGGAUCCAAAUCCACAGCAAAGAUCGUAUGCCCGUUUCCCUCGUAUGGUUACAAAUAAUGAAGUAGAACUCUAACAACCACGUGCUUUUAUUAGAAAAUUGUAUAUUUUAUGGUUCAAAAAGAAAUUGUAUAUUUUACGAUAUGAAAUGAAAAUUGUUUUUUUUUAUGAUGUAUGAAAAGUGCUACUAAAGCUGAAGCAAUAUAUUUAAAUAGCCGUUACAACGCACAGCUUUGUCAUAAUAAAAAUAUUAAUUAUUCCUUAGAUCCAAUUUUUUUUCGAAAAUGUUCACUUUGAGAAUUUCAUAAACCAAACUGUAGAUAUCUUGAACAUCUGAAAAAAAAAAUCCAAAUUUAGGUUCUAUUGGGAAAAUCCUUAUAAUAAUUAAAACAUUCUGCAUAUCUAAAUUUUAUACUCUGUAUCAGUUAAAACUGCGUCUGAUACUGAAAUCAAACGGAUUAACAGUUUAUUUUGUACCUUUCUAUAGAACAGACACGAUAUACCAAAGAGAACACUCAUAAAUCAAGAUAUAAAUAAAGGGGGGUAACUGUGACCGACUUAAAAGAAAUAAUAAUUCGCAUCUUCAAUUUGAUCUAUAAAUUAUGCAUUAGCACUAGAUUACGGAUUCCCAUUUAACUACUUACAUUAAAUUAUCUAUAUUUAUAACCUACGUUUUAUUCAAAAUCAAGUUAAAAGGAUGUUCGUCGUGUAUUUUUUGUUAUUCUGAUAUAUACAUGUAAAAGUUGUAUUUCGUUUAAGAUUUUUAACAUAAUAUUCUCUUUAUAAAGCGAAAACAUUAGUCAAACAAUGAUACAUUAUCCGAGCUUUUUAAAAUGUCAUAAGAGAUAAAAAUUGAAUAACGCUCGUAAAAUAAAAGAAUAUCAAACAAAUGAGAUUAUACAACAUAGUAUUUCACAUUUCUAGCAUUCCACAUCUCUAUUCUUUUAAAGAUCUUUAUUAUGUAAGAUUUCGAUAAAGAGCUGGGCUAUAUUAGUUAAACAUUAGAUAAUGAAAACGGAAUAAUUUCAGUCAAAUUACUUCAUUCUGAGCGUAGUAGUGUAGUCUCGAAUGUCGUUGCUACAAUAAUAAACAAAGUCUCGGUUAUUCAUUUUUAAUUAAUUUAUCAACUGACAAUUGUGUUUAAAUUCGUUGAAAAUCACAACCAUCCGAUGUUCUAGAGGAUAGAUUUUGGGUUUGGCAUGUGAAUAAAUGUCUAAUUAAUGAUUUAUAUAACAUUUGAGGCCAAACGAUAGAUCUGGAAAAGGCAGAUUUAGAUCUUACGCAAUGUAUCUUUGACAAAAUAAAUAUAAGGUUAUUUAGCUAGAAGUAGAAAUGAAAAUGAAAUGGUUAACAUAUUACUUAUUAUACCAAAGAAUCCUAUUUCUUUUUUUAUGUAUAAACUGUUUUUCUUUAUAGAUUGAACAUAUUUUUAAUAAAUUUAUGCAUUAAGAACAUGCAUAUUUUAUGGCAAUUUAAGAUUUAAGUUAGGUGAUAAUAAUUAUCAUCUUCGCACCAUUAGGAUUUUAUGAUUUAUUUGAUUGGAAUAUCAGGAGAAGACAAUAUAGUUUAAGAUGAUCAAGCCGUUUACUGUUGAUGAAAUCGCCCUCGUUAACAAUAUUUCACAAUUGUUUUGUUUAGUUUGUAUGAGAAAACAAUCUGGUUUUUUUUUAAUUAUUAUAUGGCGAAUAAUAGUUGGACAAUUAAACCAAAAUUAUUUUACUUUUUAGUGAAUUGUAGCCAUGUUGUCGUCCAUAUAUAUUUUUUUAUUUUAACCCGAAUUGUUAAUUAAGGAUCAAGCUUGACUGUCGUCUUCUUGACUAGAACUUUUUAAAAACUUGAAUCCGUUAGUGGUAAACAUUAUCUCUUUGUUGAACAUUAGAUCAUUGAUGUGCGUCGAUCAGAUCUUUGAAAUAGGUUGCCGUUCAACAAACAGGCUCCCGAGCAGUUUUUAAAUUCUUCUGGAGUAUUUUUGUAUUUUUUUUUUUUAUUUCUUUUUUUUAAAUUCCAUAUUUUAUAUUUCACUGGAUUGAAAGUAGAAAAUCCAAACCAUAAAGACGACGUAAAAAUGAUGAAUUCCUACACGAAUUGCCUUUCAAUCUUCAAAAAUGGGAGAUAACUCUUACAAGCUUAAAUGUACAUUUUAUGAUAACGCACGGCUGUACACAGAAGAUUAUUAUUUUCUAUAAUCUGAAUGACGAAGUAAGCCAUGCUUUGUAUAUAGAUAUUGUUUAUGUCAUAUUAUGUUCUUGCCAUAACAAACUUUUCAGUCUUUUUUAAGAAAGUGUCUGGUUAGAUCUGGGGCUUUUAUAUUAAAUAAUUUCUUUCAUAUUAUAUUUGUAAUUUUAAAUCGUUUUUUAUCGCGACAUAAGUACAUGUUAUUACGAUAUUUUGUAUUUUAAUGAAUUCUUAGAAUGAGUUUAUUAUUGACGAAAUGUUAAGUUAAAUAAACGUUAUUUUUAUCAA